UUUUGAGCAAAUAAAAUUCCUCAGUUGUGUACGUUGUGUUUGGCUCAGUUUAUCGUGUUAUUAAAAGUGUUCAAAGUUCAGAUCUCUAAGUAUUUAUUAAAGUCGUGUUUUUAGUUCAAUAUAUUUUAGUUUCGAUCUAGAUUUCGUGUCAAAAUGGCGUUAUUUGCAAGAAAUUUACAGAAAUGUCUUUGCAAGACGACCAAUACCGGAAUAUGGAGCAAAUCAAAUAUUGCCUCCUUAGCUGCGUUGAGCGAGGAACAUCGCAUGCUGCAGAAAACAUGCCGUGCCUUUGCGGACGACGAACUGAAACCAAUGGCGGCGAAGACGGACCGUGAGCAUCUCUACCCAACAGCGGCCAUUGAAAAAAUGGGCGACCUUGGCCUAAUGGGCAUUACAGUCCCAGAACAAUACGGCGGUGCCGGGUUAGAUUACCUAGCUUACGCCAUAGCCAUGGAAGAAAUAAGCCGUGGAUGCGCGUCUGCUGGUGUAAUCAUGUCCGCACACAACAGUCUCUACCUCUGGCCCAUCAUGCAAUUCGGCUCCGACGCACAGAAGGAGAAAAACGUCGCUGGUUUCACUGAUGGUAAAAAGAUUGGAUGUUUUGCCCUAUCUGAACCUGGCAACGGAUCCGACGCUGGCGCCGCUUCAACCACCGCUUCUGAAGUAGGCGGACAAUUCAACCUGAACGGGUCAAAAUCAUGGAUAACCAACGCAUUUGAAGCCAAAGCGAGUGUAUUAUUCGCGACGACAAGCAAAGAUCUAAAACAUAAAGGUAUCUCCGCCUUCAUUGUACCUAUGCCUGUCGAAGGACUCACACUUGGUAAGAAAGAAGAUAAACUUGGCAUUCGUGGAUCGUCUACGUGUAUGCUCAUGUUCGAAGACGCUAAAAUACCGAAAGAGAACUUGUUGGGCAAACCAGGUGAUGGUUUCAAAAUCGCAAUGAUGACAUUAGAUGGCGGUAGAAUCGGCAUUGCUUCCCAGGCGUUGGGCAUUGCGCAGGCGUCACUUGAACUAGCCGCAGAAUACGCCUCCAAACGCCUGGCAUUCGGUAAACCUCUAACACGCUUGCAAACCAUUCAGAAUAAACUCGCGGAUAUGUCGCUUGCGUUGGAAUCAGCCCGUUUGCUCACAUGGCGCGCCGCAUGGCUCAAAGAUCAACAUAUGCCGUAUGUAAAAGAAGCCGCCAUGGCUAAACUCGCCGCCUCCGAGGCAGCCACACUUCUCAGCCAUCAAUGCAUACAGAUUCUCGGCGGUAUGGGCUAUGUUAGUGAUAUGCCCGCCGAGCGGCAUUAUCGUGACGCGCGCAUCACAGAAAUCUAUGAAGGUACCUCCGAGAUUCAAAAACUGGUCAUUGCUGGAAACCUGAUCAAAGAGAUGGGUCUCUAAAUGUUGCAUUUUAAAUCUUUUUUCAAUUUUUAUACGACCUAGUUAUAAAUAUGUUUUGUGUUGUAACGGUUAAGUAAGUAACAGUGACGAUCGCCGAAGAGUUAGCAUCCUUUCUUACUUCUUCUUGCGGCGGCGUCCUUUGCUUGUCUGUGGAGCAUCUCCGAUCGUGAUCGUACCUUCGGCGAUCUCAUCUUUUAUAUCGGAUUUUUCAAUUGUCUACAAAACGAAAUAACAAAACACAUAACCUCAAAA